AAAACUCCAGUCCUUCAAUGCCGCCUUUUCUUCUUCUUCUUCAUAUCCUCCUGCUUUCUGCUGCUGCAAAUAAUAUUAGUAUCAGUAGGGGGCUUCAUCAGCAUCUCAAUGGUGGCAGCCCAAUCCCAAUCCCAAUGCUUGAGCCAUCAGAAAAUGUUGUUGUUGCAGUUCCGGAGCAGCCUCAACUUCGACUCAACAACUUCAACCAAGCUUGCGCGCUGGAACCACACCACACACCACGACUGUUGUGUUUGGCCUGGGGUGGAAUGUGACACCUCAGGUCGUGUCAUCAGCUUGAUUCUCGACAAUGAAGGGAUUGAUACAGAAGAUGGUAUUCACAAUUCAAGCGCUCUAUUCAGUCUUCAAUACCUUGAGAGGCUAAAUUUGGCUUACAACGACUUCCAUUUGACUCCAAUUCCAGUUCAGAUCUAUAAUCUUACCAACUUGACAUAUCUCAAUUUGUCAAAUGCUGGUUUUGGAGGGCAGAUCCCGAAUGGAAUAUCAAGACUCACAAGGUUGGUAACUCUUGACCUCUCAAUAGAUUGGGGAUUUGCACUUGAGAUUCCAAAUCUAAACCAAUUCUUUGAGAACUCGACUCAACUUAGACAAAUUUAUCUUGUUGGUGUUGAUCUUUCCAGUACAGUAGUUCCAAAAUUCUUAGCCAAUUUCUCAAACCUGAAGACCUUGAACCUUAGUCGUUGUAUGCUGCAGGGAGAAUUCCCAAGAGAGAUAUUUUUGAUACAUGGUUUACAGGAAUUGAGUUUGGAAUACAAUAAUGAUCUUAGUGGCGGUUUCCCAUCAUUUCCUGAGAAUGGAUCACUUCGGAUGAUCUCAGUAGCUGCCACUCAAUUUUCUGGUUCGUUACCAGCAUCCAUUAGUAAUCUUAGCAACUUGUCUAGGCUCGUUCUCUACGGUUGCAAUUUCAGUGGAUCAAUUCCCUCUACCAUGGCACAACUUACGAGUCUCACUCAUGUGGAUUUCUCGUUUAACCACUUCACUGGCUCAAUCCCACAUUUUCUAUCUUCAAAGAACCUUACCAGCAUAGAUUUUUCUCUUAAUGGCUUGACAGGUCCACUUUCUUCUAAACAUUUUGAAGGCUUUUCAAAAAUUGUGUACCUAAAUUUAGAGUCAAAUUUUAUCUCUGGAAGAAUUCCCCCAUCCCUGUUUUCACUUCCAUCAUUGCAGACACUAGAUCUUUCCAACAAUUCAUUUGAUGGUCUUGGUGAUGAAUAUGUGAAUGUAUCUACCUCACAAUUGGAUAGUCUCUAUUUGAGUUCUAAUCGUCUAAAUGGGUCUUUUCCAGAGUAUUUCUUUGAAUUUCCAAUGUUGAGUGACUUGGAUCUUUCUUCCAACUCCUUAGGUGGGAAGAUACAAUCAUCUUUGUUUUCACUUCCAUCAUUGAAGACGCUAGAUCUUUCCAACAAUUCAUUUGAUGGGCUUAGUGAUGAAUAUGUGAAUGUAUCUACCUCACAAUUGCAAACGCUCCAUUUGAGUUCUAAUCAUCUAAGUGGAUCAUUUCCAAAGUACUUCUUUGAAUUUCCAAUGUUGAGUAGCUUGGUUCUUUCUUCUAACUCCUUAGGUGGGAAGAUACAAGCAUCUUUGUUUUCACUUCCAUCAUUGUGGAAUCUAGAUCUUUCCAACAAUUCAUUUGAUGGUCUUGGUGAUGAAUAUGUGAAUGUAUCUACCUCACAAUUGGAUAGUCUCUAUUUGAGUUCUAAUCGUCUAAAUGGGUCUUUUCCAGAGUAUUUCUUUGAAUUUCCAAUGUUGAGUGGCUUGGAUCUUUCUUCCAACUCCUUAGGUGGGAAGAUACAAUCAUCUUUGUUUUCACUUCCAUCAUUGAAGACGCUAGAUCUUUCCAACAAUUCAUUUGAUGGGCUUAGUGAUGAAUAUGUGAAUGUAUCUACCUCACAAUUGCAAACGCUCCAUUUGAGUUCUAAUCGUCUAAGUGGGUCAUUUCCAAAGUACUUCUUUGAAUUUCCAAAGUUGAGUGAAUUGCAUCUUUCUUCCAACUUUUUAGGUGGGAAGAUACCAUCAUCUUUGUUUUCACUUCCAUCAUUGAAUAUGCUAGAUCUUCCCAACAAUUCAUUUGAUGGUCUUGGUGAUGAAUAUGUGAAUGUAUCUACCUCACAAUUGGAUAGUCUCUAUUUGAGUUCUAAUCGUCUAAAUGGGUCUUUUCCAGAGUAUUUCUUUGAAUUUCCAAUGUUGAGUGACUUGGAUCUUUCUUCCAACUCCUUAGGUGAAAUGAUAGAGUUUGAAAGUCUCCAAAAGCUCACCAACCUCAGAGGAUUAAACUUGUCGAACAAUGAAAUUAGAGGGGAAAUACCAUCAUGGAUAUGGAAACUGGGUAAUGGAAGUCUAUAUCAUCUGAAUCUCUCUUGUAAUUUCUUAGAAAGUCUUGAAAAGCCUUAUACAAUUCCAAGUAGUCUCACUGUACUUGACCUGCACUCAAAUCAAUUGCAAGGACCACUUCCUAUUCCACCUGCGUGUAAUGAUGGUGAUGGACCUAUUCAUCUUGAUUACUCACACAAUUUUUUCAAUGGUUCCAUCCCAUUUGGUCUUGGGAGUUUUGCUAGAAAUGCUUAUUUCUUGUCCCUUGCAAAUAAUAGCUUCACCGGGACAAUUCCUGAAUCUAUAUGCAAUGCUAGCUAUCAUCUGAAAAUACUUGAUCUAUCCGACAAUGAAUUGGGUGGCACACUUCCGUCCUGUCUAUUUAACAGUUUUAACCGUCUCGGAGUAUUAAUCCUUAGGAAAAACGAAAUCCAUGGUAGUGUACCCGAUUCCUUUACAAUUUAUUGUUCUCUACAAACAUUAGACCUCAGCAGGAAUUUGUUUGAAGGGAAGAUUCCAAAAUCACUGAUAAAUUGUUCUUUAUUGGAAGUUCUAAAUGUUGGGAGCAACAACAUUGUAGAUACCUUCCCAUGCACAUUGAAGAACUUAUCAAGCCUGCGUGUGCUAGUCUUGCGAUCCAAUAACUUCCACGGUGACCUUCAAUGUGUUCAUGCCAAUCAUAUUUGGCCAAAUUUGCAGAUUAUUGAUAUUGCUUCCAAUAAUUUCAGUGGAAAACUCUCCUGGAAGUUCUUAAACUGGAAAAGAAUGAUUAUUGAUGAAGAUACUGCAGAAUCGGGACAAUAUAUCAUGUUUAACCACCUAAGUUUAAUUGGAAAUAGGAUUGGUGUAAUUGGACAUGAACCAAAACAUGAUCCAUAUGAAUACUACAAGGAUAUAUUAAUGGUAACCUGGAAAGGGAUGGAGAUGGAAAUGGUGAAAAUUCUCAAAGUAUUCACAUUUGUUGAUUUCUCAUGCAAUAAUUUCUAUGGGGUUAUACCCGAAUCCAUUGGGGCUCUCACUUCACUUUAUGUUCUCAACCUAUCGCAUAAUGGUCUCACAGGAAAUAUCCCUGAAACAAUUGGAAAUUUGAAAAUGAUUGAAUCAUUGGACUUUUCAGCAAAUCAGCUUGGUGGAGAAAUCCCGACACAGCUAGCAAAACUCACAUUCCUUUCAGUCAUGAAUUUAUCAUUCAACAAACUUUCUGGUAUGAUUCCAACAGGCAAUCAACUUAAUACAUUUGGACCAGAUUCUUACAUAGGCAAUCAAGAAUUGUGUGGUUUUCCUCUCCCAAAAAGUUGCAAAUCACCAAAAACUUCCAAUGGCGGCCGAUCUGAGAUAGAAAUUGAUGGUGGCUCCACUGAGAUCAAAUGGGAAUACGUAUCUUCUGCUUUGGGAUUUGCUGUGGGUUUAGGGGCGUACCUGUGGAUGCUUUUGCAUAACAAGAGAUGUAGGGAAGCAUACCAACAACUUGAUGAAGUUUUAAUACGGCUAUUCGGUCCCCGACAACGCGGAAGAAAAUCUCCAGGACUAGGACGCAGAGUUCGCAGGAAUUGAUUCUGAUUACUCUAAGCUUCAACCUUCAGGUAAUCUUGAUUAUUACUUCUUACAUGACACUAAAUUUUCAUAUAAACACCGUUGAUACCUCUUAUUACGUGCAUGUUUUUUUUUUUUUUUUUGUUGUGUGUUAUCAACUGGAUAAUAUUUAAGUGUAAUAGCUUUUGAAGGUGUUGUAUGUUGUUGGGCUUCUUUUUUUUUUUUUUUAAUUUUUUUUA